GUGGGACGCGCCAGCGAGCCGCGUCUCGGGUCGUCUGCUCCUCCCCGAGGAGAGGGGGCGGUUGGCGUGGACUCCAUUGUUCGGGGUUUAGGGCGCCAUGAGGGGUGACCGAGGCCGUGGUCGUGGCGGGCGCUUUGGUUCCAGAGGAGGGCCCGGAGGAGGGUUCAGGCCCUUCGUGCCACAUAUUCCAUUUGAUUUCUAUUUGUGUGAAAUGGCCUUCCCCCGGGUCAAGCCAGCACCUGAUGAAACUUCCUUCAGUGAGGCCUUGCUGAAGAGGAAUCAGGACCUUGCUCCUAAUUCUGCCGAACAGGCCUCUAUCCUUUCCCUGGUGACAAAAAUAAACAAUGUGAUUGACAUGAUUGUGGCUCCAGGGACGUUUGAAGUGCAAAUUGAAGAAGUCCGACAGGUGGGAUAAUAAAAGGGAACAAUGACAACCGGACACAACGUGGCCGACCUGGUGGUAAUCCUAAAGAUUCUGCCAACAUUGGAAGCUGUUGCUGCCCUAGGGAACAAAGUUGUGGAAAGCCUAAGGGCACAAGAUCCUUCUGAAGGUUGUUUGACCAUGCUGACCAAUGAAAGUUUCGAGAUCAGUUCCUCUGAUGCUACAGUGAAGAUUCUCAUUACAACAGUGCCACCCAAUCUCCGAAAACUGGACCCAGAACUCCACUUGGACAUCAAGGUGUUGCAGAGUGCCUUAGCAGCCAUCAGACAUGCCCGCUGGUUUGAGGAAAAUGCUUCUCAGUCCACAGUUAAAGUUCUCAUCAGACUGUUGAAGGACCUGAGAAUUCGUUUUCCUGGCUUUGAGCCCCUCACACCCUGGAUCCUUGACUUACUUGGGCACUAUGCUGUGAUGAACAAUCCCACCAGACAGCCUUUGGCCCUAAACGUGUGCUUCAGACGUUGCUUACAGAUCCUGGCUGCAGGACUGUUCCUGCCAGGGUCAGUGGGUAUCAGACCCUGUGAGAGUGGCAACUUCAGAGUACACACAGUCAUGACUCUGGAACACAGGUAUGGGUCAGCUCUGCAAUUGCAUGACAUGGUGUGCUACACAGCUCAGACUCUGGUCCGAAUCCUCUCACGUGGCUUUCGGAAGAUUCUCGGCCAGGAGGGUGAUGCCAGCUAUCUUGCUUCUGAAAUCUCUACCUGGGAUGGAGUGAUAGUGACACCUUCAGAAAAGGCUUAUGAGAAGCCACCAGAGAAGAAGGAAGGAGAAGAAGAGGAGGAGAAUACGGAAGAACCACCUCAAGGAGAGGAAGAGGAAAGCAUGGAGACUCAGGAGUGACCUUCCUUCCUAUCUUCAUCCCUUUCUUGUCCAAGGUGAAGACUGGAGGCCCAAGCUAAUGCUGCUGGACUUCACGUGGUGGCAUUUCUGAGGGAAAAGGGAGACAGGAAGGAAAAGAAACUAUAGAAGGAAGUGUCCAUUCCACUGGGUUUCCACUUGGCUCAACAGCCAGAAGUCUCCCAUUUACGACCUAGGCCAUCCAUCUAUAGUGAAGCAGGAGACCAGCUUUUCUUCCUAAGACUUCAGAGGUCCCCAGGUCCUGGAAACCUCCCUCAAACAGUACUUUGUUGUUGAAAUGUUGUGAACUGUUAGUGUCUGGAAUUUUUUUUUUUCCUGAGAAAAGUGAUUAAAGUACUUCCUCGUAGGGCUCUUGCUCGUUUUUUCCUGGCAUCUGGCACCCUUUUUGCUUUCUGUACUUUUCAAUGAAAGUGGUAUUUGAGUCUUCUCAUUGUAAACACUAGAUCACAAUUUGAAGCUGUAUCUGCAUUAAAGUUUCUACAAAGA